UUCUUUUUCAGUCCCGAUACGACAUAAAUCCGACUCAUGCGUUCAUCUCAAACGAUGUAAAGGAUAUAAAGACUGAUACAGCUGUAUCGGAAUAUUUUUAACCACAGAGAGAACAGAGAAGAACUGCAAAACAAAAUAAACAAACUCGGACACAGUAAUUAUCAGCCCAAUUUCUGCUGCAGAUAGAGAAAAGAGGAUUUAGGGCAAAAAAAAAAUAGCUCAAUUUUUGCCUGUCAUUUUUUAUUUUUUUAUUUCACCUUUAUUUAAUUAACCAGGUAGGCCAGUUGAGAACAAGUUCUCAUUUACAACUGCAACCUGGCCAAGAUAAAGCAAAGCAGUGUGACAGAAACAACACAUGGGAUUAACAAACGUACAGUCAAUAACACAAUAGAAAAAUCUAUAUACAGUGUGUGCGAAUGUAGUAACAUUAGGGAGGUAAAGCAAUAAAUAGGCCAUAGUGGUGAAAUAAUCUCUCUCUUUCAAUUGAAAUGGGCUUUAUUGGAAUGGGAAACAUAUGUUUACAUUGCCAAAGCAAGACUAAUAAACAAUUAAAAACACAAAACAACAACCACAAAAACGAUUAGAAUUUAACAGUAAGUAUUGCACUCAAAAAGGUUUCCCUCCCCCUCCACCACCCACUGUCAGGCACCCUAAACAAAGGAAGUGAGCUCCCAGCCAGUCAGACAGCUUUGAGCCCAGUCACCCCUCCUCCCCUCCGGGCUGCUAGUAAACCUUCACACAGGCAGGCAGGCAGGCCAUCCCCUGGCUGCCACAGCUGCUGUGCCGGUUGGGCCUGCCCUUAGAAAAGAGACAACCCAAAACUGCCCCCUCAACACACAGACACUCUGAAAAGGAGUCAGGCAGUCGAGUCUGUCUUUCUGUUUCUAUCUCUAUCAUAUAACAACUACAAGAUCAUCACUUUAACCUCCUGGAAUAUUCCUCCAUAAUUUACUAGAGAAGAACAGAGAAGAACUGCAAAACAAAAUAAACAAACUGGGACACAAUAAUCAUUAGCCCAAUUUCUGCUGGCCCAGCAGUACCUCCAUAUCCCCAUCGAAUCCUCUUCCUCUCACACAGACAGACAGACAGACAGACAGACAGCCCCAUUCAGCCAGGUAAUCUGUGUCUUCUCCCCACCUAGUUUAAUACCUGCCUAGUUAGGUGUCCAGUAUCUAGUUAGAUUUCCAGUAUCUCGUGGACCAGCCCUGCCACCCAGUGCUCCAGUCUCUGCAGCCUAUACCCAGGCCCCUCCAGACCAGGCUUUCUCAGGUCCAGGUAUCCUUGUCAGGCCUACUGCCUAGUCACCUCCAGAUAAGCCUUCGUGGCCUCCAUUCCUCCAGCCAGGUAGGCCUGCCAACCCAGUGCUUUAGUCUUGCUGCUUCACCCAGGCUCUUCCAGUCCAGGUCCAGCUAUCGCUGUCCGGCCCGGCCAUGGUUCUGUGUGAGGACAGUGAGUGUGGGGUGUGUUUUCAGCCCUACUCCCGUCAGGACCGGAUCCCUCGGGUGCUCCACUGUAGACACACCUUCUGUGCCACCUGCUUAGAGACCAUGUCCCUGCCCAAGAGUGACAUGCUCACCGUGUGCUGCCCGCUGUGCCGCCAGACCACCUGUGUAGGGCGCGGCCUCAGCCUUCAGGAGGCGCUGUGGGUCAACUCACGCCUCUGGGACUACAUACCGGAGAGCAAAGAAGAGGAGGAGGAGGAGGAGAAGGAAGAAGAGGAGGAGGAGGAGGUGAAGGAAGAAGAGGAAGAGAGAGUGGAGGCUAACAGACAGACACAGGCCUCCUCACAGGCAGAAUGCCCUACGUCGAAGCGCUCCAGAAAAAUGCUGAAAUUUCCGGCCUUCCUCAGGAAAUUCAGUCUGACAAAACCACAGCAUCAAGAGAGUAUUGUGCCUGGUUGUGCCAACGUGGAGAUGAAAUCCUGGCGCAGGCUACCAACUGCCGACACUUAUUAGGUGUGUCACGCGCUAGACGCAGGGAUGUACGCGUACUGUAUCAACAGCUGGGUGUUUACAGUUCUUCUCUGAUAUGAAUAAUCUGCAUCUUUUGAACAAUGACGUGUAGAUCACCAGUUGACACCCACAGUCAACGAUGCAACACGGUUAAGAACAGCUCAGAGACAGUCAGGUGUGUAUCCAAUAUGGCACCCUAGUUCCUGUGGGCUCUGGUCUAAAGUAGUGCACUAUAUAGGGAAUAGGGGGGCAUAGGGCUCUGGUUAAAAGUAGUGCACUAUAUGGAGAAUAAGGUGGCAUAGGGCUCUGGUUAAAAGUAGUGCACUAUAUAGGGAAUAGGGUGGCAUAGGGCUCUGGUUAAAAGUAGUGCACUAUAUAGAGAAUAAGGUGGUAUUUAGGACGUGCGUUUGGAGAACCCACUAUGCGUCCAUGUGUGUCUGACUCUGACAAGACAGCCUUUAAUUGUUGAUAAGCAGUGAAACUGCUCCAGGGGUCCUGUCUUCUUCCCCAUUGGUUAUUCUCGUCGUAAUUCCCCACAGCUGGCGCAGUGGGAUUUGGUUCAGCUGUCUUUAGGACAGACGUCCCAGUGGAAGCUAGGGUACCCCCUCCAACCACUCCCCCUGCUGCCCCCCCCCUCCUCUUAACAGAUGGCCUGCUGAGGAUGACCCCCCCCCCCCUCCUCUCCUCCUUCCCCAGUGUCUGCAAACAGAGCGUUUAAUUUAUUAUCAGCUUUUGCAUUCACGUCAAUUUUUUUAUAUAUAUUAUCUUUAAUAAUAAAAAAUAUAUAUUUGAAAAUA